UUUCAAAAUGUCUACAGCCGUAGUACAGGAUGCACUACCACCAACAGUGCAAAACAUUCUAGAUCAAAAGACACUCAAAUGGAUCUUUUGCGGUGGAAAAGGUGGUGUCGGUAAAACCACAACUUCAUGCUCUUUGGCCGUUCAAAUGUCUAAAGUACGUGAAAGUGUUCUGUUGAUUAGUACGGAUCCUGCACACAAUCUCAGUGAUGCAUUUGGACAAAAGUUUGGAAAGGAGGCAACAAAGGUGAACGGAUUUGAUAAUCUAAGUGCAAUGGAAAUCGAUCCAACGAGUAGUAUACAAGAAAUGAUUGAACAAUCCGAUGCACAAGGUGGGGGAAACGCAAUGUCUUCUAUGAUGCAAGACUUGGCUUUCGCUAUUCCUGGUGUAGAUGAAGCAAUGGGAUUCGCAGAAAUUAUGAAGCAUGUCAAGAGUAUGCAGUAUAGCGUCAUCAUCUUCGAUACAGCACCUACAGGUCACACUUUACGUUUCUUGAGCUUCCCUACUGUGUUGGAGAAAGCAUUGGCGAAAUUCUCCACUCUAGGAAGAAGUUUCGCACCGAUGUUGAAUCAGAUGACAAGUAUGAUGGGAGGUCAAAAUAAUCAAGAAGACAUGUUUGCAAAGCUGGAAUCGAUGCGUGAGGUUAUUAAUGAAGUUAAUACCCAAUUCAAGGAUCCCGAAAAGACUACAUUCGUUUGUGUCUGCAUUGCGGAAUUCUUGUCUCUUUAUGAGACUGAACGACUUAUUCAAGAAUUGACACAGUACGAGAUUGAUACUCAUGUCAUCGUAUGCAAUCAGCUACUGUUCCCUAAGAAAGAUUCCAAUUGCGAGCAUUGCCGAGUGCGAAAAGCUAUGCAAAGCAAGUAUGUAGGAGAAAUGAUGGAAUUAUACGCAGAAGAUUUCCAUAUCGUAAGAUGUCCUUUGCUGACAGAAGAAGUGCGGGGAGUGGAGAAGAUUCAAAAUUUCUCUAAAUUCCUUGUGGAACCAUACUCUCCGCCUAGCCAAUGAAAAGGACGCCAAAAAGAAAGAUUGAUUUUGUAGACGCCAUAUCUGUAAUGCUUUCUUUUGCAAAUGGCAUUCAUAGUGACUAAUGUAUACUUUUACUUGAUAACCCAUUGAGACCUUCAUGAUAUAGAAUCAAUAAUUUUCUGACUAUCACAAUGUUUUGUAAC